UCCCGAGGCCCCCGGCUGGGUCUCCCAAAGGCUGCUUCGCCUGCGUGUCCAAGCCCCCGGCCCUGCAGGCUCCCGCCGCCCCGGCCCCUGAGCCCUUGGCCUCGCCCCCCAUGGCGCCCACCCUGUUCCCCAUGGAGUCCAAGAGCAGCAAGACAGACAGCGUGCGGGCCACGGGCGCCCCCCAGGCCUGCAAGCACUUGGCUGAGAAGAAGACCAUGACGAACCCCACAACUGUCAUCGAGAUCUACCCCGACACCACGGAGGUGAACGACUACUACCUGUGGUCCAUCUUCAACUUCGUCUACCUCAACUUCUGCUGCCUGGGCUUCAUCGCCCUGGCCUACUCCCUCAAAGUUCGGGACAAGAAGCUUCUCAACGACCUGAAUGGGGCUGUGGAGGACGCCAAGACCGCCCGGCUGUUCAACAUCACCAGCUCCGCCCUGGCCGCCUCCUGCAUCAUCCUUGUCUUCAUCUUCCUGCGGUACCCGCUCACCGACUACUGAGGCCCUGGGAGCACCGCUGGCCGUGGAGACGGAGCCCUGAGAGAUGAUGGUUUUCAGGGCCCAGGAGGCACAGGAUACAGCGAGGCUGGGACUGAGCAGGCGUCUCUCUGGGGCCAACCCAAGGUUGUGAAGCAGACAGAGAGGCCAUCAGAAGCUAAGCCCAACGAGGGGGCAGUGAGUGUUCCCCCGCCUGCCCUCUCUGCCCCUGGCCCUCUGCCCCUGCCUGUUCCUGGGUUCCUAGUUCUGUCCCUUGUCCUUGGGCCUGUUCUUGUGCUGCCCCCCGACCCCGGCUUCCAAUGGCUGCCCCUGCCCCCAUCCCCCUUCUCAGGCCCCCAGGGCCCCCAAACCCCUGACACCCAGUAAGAAGGGCUUAUGUGGGAGAUUCCCAGUAUGGGGGGCUGCCAGCGUCUGGGGACUCGGUGUGUCCCCCCCACCCCUCCCGUCUCCUCCCAAGCUGUGAUCUUGCUCAGAGCCCUUGUAUCUGUGAACUUUCAAUAAACUUCCUGCCCAGCUCCA